AUGCUUACUGGACUUUUACUUUCCAUCCUGCUGAACCUUCCUUUUGUUUUCAGCGGAGAAUGUCAUGCAGAUGAGCACAGAGCAACGCCCAGCAAAGUCAUGCCAGCAUUUUCAAGGAAAUUUGAUGAAAAUAACAGACUGCUGCUUGAUAGAGAAAGCGACUUUGAGCCUAUAAGAAUAUACGUCCACUAUGGAGAACUAAAAGUCCCUUUGGCAGCCCAAAAAUUCAUCAAAACUUAUGUAGUUGAUGGGGCCAUCAAGUGGUUUCGAAAAGUCCUUUUAAUAAAUCCAGUAAUUGGCCGCCUUACUUUUCCAGGAUUUUCAGGUAGAGACUGUGGAGGAUUCAAAAUUCCUCGAGAGCAUGCAACAGUUGGUGUUAAUGCUGACGUUGUGAUUUAUUUAACAGCAGGUGAUAAUGACACUGGACUUGCCGGCUGGGCAAUCACCUGCCUUGUGGAGAAGGGAUUAGGUUACCCAUUAGCUGGGCUAUAUACCAUUUGAUCGGAGCAUUUUGGUAGUGCGAUAGUUUUUGUCACAAUUUUUUUCUUGCCGUAAAUUUGACAGAUUUUUUAACGUUUUUUUACAGAAAAAAAUUAUGAUCAAGAGUCCGAUACUAGGAAAAAGAACCUAUAGAAAUUGCCCGAGGAUGGCGCAAAAUAGCACCAUCCUCGGGCAAUUUCUAUAUCAAACAACAGGCAACGCACUAGCUAGCCAGUUACAUUUGGAGACUGUAGGACUUAAAAAUGAAACCUUUGAAGAUGCCCUUUCGACUGUAAUCCAUGAAAUGUCCCAUAUUCUGGCUUUCAGUGCCAAUCUUAUGGAUUUGUGAAUUAAGCCGGACGGGAGCAAGUACAAAAAUGAUGAAAUCUUAUUGUGGGGAGUUGAGAGGAAUAAGACUGUUGCAAAACUAAAAACACCUAAAGUGCUAGCAAAGGCGAAGGAACAUUUUAAUUGCUCAGAACUUGAAGGAAUUGGGCUUGAAGUUUCUAGAGUUAAUGGGACAUUAGGGUCUCACUGAGAAAAGAGAAUUAUGAAUGACGAUUAUAUGGUCCCAGAUUUCGAUAUUCAUGAUAUUGGGUAUUCAGAUAUUUCUUUAGCUGUCUUCGAAGAUUCAGGCUGAUAUAAAGUAAAUUAUUGAAUACUUAACAAGCCUAUUUGAGGAUUUCAUAAAGGCUGUGAAUUCCUAAAAGAAAAAUGCAUAGUUGAUAACAAGCCCUUGCCCAAUGAAUUUUGCCUGAACUCUACUUUCUCCCAAUGCGAUUAUCGGCACUUAAGAAAAGGAAACUGCAAUUUGAACCAAUUCCACGACAUGCUUCCAGAGCCUUUUCAGUACUUUUCUAACCCGUGUUUAGGUGGCAAAGACGAGUAUAUUGAUUAUUGUCCCGUUGUUAAGCCCUUUUAUAAAGGAAACUGCAGAGAAACCAAUCCAAGUAUGCAAGAUAUUAAUCAGUUAUAUGGAGAAGCUAUGUGUGAAAGCUGCAGAUGCAUAGAAGGGACUUAUUCAAAAUCUAUGGGCAGCCUUGAGCAUCAUGCAAUCUGCCAUAAUAUCACUUGCACUGCUGAUGCUGCCAUUAUUCAUAUCAGAAACGUUUCUGUAACUUGUCCUUUUACUGGUGGAACAGUAAAAGCGCCAGGUUUUCAUGGAUUUUUGGUAUGCCCAGAGUCAGAUAUUUUGUGCAUAGAAAUGCCAUGUCUUGAUAACUGCAGUGGAAGAGGCAAGUGCAUCCGCGGCGUAUGCAACUGUGAUAACGGGGUCAAGGGAGGAGCAUGCCCUGGAAAAAGGCAAAAUGAUACAUUUUCGUUAAAUGUUACAAACAAAGCAAUUAUUGCAAUUAUUGGCAUUCUUUUGCUUAUGAUUUUUUUGUAA